UCAAAAAACGCAUCACAUACCAAUUUAGUUGUAUUCAUAUUAUAUAAACUUCUUCUCCCAUUUUCUUCUUGCAUAUUAAUCCUUUUUAGUUAUCUUAAUAUACAUCAUGGGUGUUUUUGCUUUUGAAGAUGAUUUCGUUUCAACUGUUGCUCCACCUAAACUAUACAAAGCUCUUGCAAAAGAUGCCGAUGAAAUCGUCCCAAAGGUGAUUCCGGUUAUCCAAGGUGUUGAAAUUGUUGAAGGAAAUGGUGGACCUGGAACCAUCAAGAAACUAACCGCUGUUGAAGAUGGCAAAACCAGCUUUAUUCUACACAAAGUAGGAGCAGUGGAUGAGGCAAAGUUAGGAUACAACUACAGUUUAGUUGGAGGAACAGGGUUGGAUGAAAGCUUAGAGAAAGUUGAAUUUGAGACAAGUGUUGUGGCUGGUUCUGAUGGUGGAUCCAUUGUUAAGAUUUCAGUGAAAUACCACACUAAAGGUGAUGCAGCUUUAUCUGAUGCAGUUCGUGAUGAAACUAAGGGCAAAGGAACUGGUCUUCUUAAGGCUAUUGAGGGUUAUGUUUUGGCUAAUCCUAAUUAUUGAUUAAAUCUAUACUUGGUUUAAUUUUGGCUUUGUGUGUCAUGAGAAUAAUAAUUGAUGUGGUUGUUUAAUUUACAUCAUGAUAUUUAGUGUCGGUUUGAGUGUUGCUUUGGGUGUAUUUGGUUGGUUCAAUGUUUGAAUAUAAAAAACCUAUGUUGUGUUGGUGUUAAGGUUUUGCACCAUCUGUAUCCUCGAAUAAAUAAUGCAAAAGAAUUUCAUACCACUUUUUCAUUUUAUUAUUAUUGUUUCAUGUCGGUAAAUGAAAUGACAAAUACUGAAAUACUAUUGGAAUUGAGUUAGGAUCCUCUCUA